AAGGUUGAUCCUCUCCACGCUUCUCACUCUCUUGUGCAAGAGCCCGGUGCUCCCUCAUCCAGUCGUUCACUCGCUCAUUUACACGCCCACACACGUUCACGCUUAACCAACACUCCAUCAUCGAGAUGUCUUUCACCACCUUCACCAAGAUCGUUCUCCUCGCCCAGGUUGCCCUUAUGGUGUCUGCCAGCGUGCUCCCCCGCCAGCCCGGCACCCAAUUCAUCACCGGGGUGUGCAAGUCCGACGCUGACUGUGCCUCCGGCUGCUGUGGCUUCAACUCCGGCAAGUGCGCUGGCCCUGUCAUCGCCCAGGAGCGUGACGGAGGUUGCGGCUUCGGUGACGCGCAGCCCAACAACAUUGCCGCUCAGGCGAUCCAGGGCCCGAACGCUGAGAAGGCCCCGGGCGUGCCUGGCAGCACCGCUACCGCUGCGUCUGGUGGCAACAACGCUGCUGCCCCAGCUGCUGCUCCCGCUUCUACCUCGGCUGCGAAGGCACCCGGCACCCAGUUCAUCACCGGGGCCUGCACGUCCGACGACGACUGCGCUUCGGGAUGCUGUGGCUUCCACUCCGGCAAGUGCGCCGGCCCCGUCAUCGCGCAGGAGCGCGACGGCGGCUGCGGCUUCGGCAACCCGACGCCCAACAACAACGCGGCGCAGAAGAUCCAGGGCCCGAACGCGGAGAAGGCUCCUGGCGUCCCCAGGCGCCGCCGAUCGCUGUCCGCGCUCGACUGAUGGAGCAUUGGUUAUGGUCAAUGAUGCUUUCGUGUAUUUAUUCGUGUAUUUAUGAGCGACGAGCAUAACGAAGUGUGGAGGCAGGUC